UUGGGUACUAGUAUAAGAACUACGAGGAAACAUUUUGAAAACGCACUCAAACUCAACUGCAUCCCGCCGCUAGUUUUUAUCUCCGGCGAGUGGGUGAUGUUAAGGUGCCCAACGGCAGUAAGGACUCUGGGAAAUCUUAUGGAAAAUCAUUCUCAGAUUCGUUCUGCCUACCAAAAGGCCCAUUUUCACUAUAACCACACUGAUUCUGCCAACUUCUCCAGAUGGACUGCCAAGGAAUGUUACCAGUUCAUGUAUGCAAGGCCGUGGCACAAAGUUGUUGACUUCUAUGCGGACAUGGUGAAAGGCCACACUUCAUUGUCAGGAUUAUUUGGAAAAGAGGCACAAGCUGAGCAUGAAGAUGCUGAAAUUCGAGAGGACCAUGAGAAAUCUGAGGUAGUUAGUUUUCCAGUUAAAGAUAGGGGCGGUAGAUGGGAUAGAGUAACUUUUAAGAUUGUCCUUUCCUAUCAUGGAGGUUCUUUCGAUGGAUGGCAGAAGCAGCCUGGUCUGAAUACCGUCCAAGGAUUGGUCGAAAGAUCUCUAGGUCAGUUUGUUGAUGAGAGGAAGGCUCAACUAUUAAAAGAUAAGAACUUACCAUUAGAAGCAUGCACUGUAGUUGCUGGGCGUACCGACAAGGGCGUUUCAGCCUCUCAACAAGUUUGUUCUUUCUAUACUUGGAGAAAGGACAUUAAGAUUCAAGAUGUAAAAGAUGCCAUUGAUAAAGCAGCACCAGGAAAGAUCAGGGUGGUUUCUCUCACCAAGGUAUCACGCGAUUUUCAUCCCAACUUCUCUGCAAAAUGGAGACACUAUUUAUAUUUAUUCCCUAUUGAUGAUGCAUUGAAUGGAGAGCAAGAUGGUCAAAUGUGGAUCAACAGUUGCACUGAUGUUCAUCAACAGAAUGAAUGUGGUAAAAGUGCAAUUGACGAAAGUAAUGUAGAUGUAAUGGAUGACGACAAUGACGAGCUGGUGCAUGGAAACAAACCAACCAAGUUUGAAGUAAGCAAGGUUAACCGGCUUUUGGGUCAGCUUGAAGGAAAGCUUUUAUCUUACAAAAUGUUUGCACGAGAUCUUAAAGCUUCAAGGAACACUGGUCCACCAACAGAGUGCUUUGUCUUCCAUGCUAGAGCUAUUGAAAUCUCAAUACCAUGUGCAAAGGGCGGGGGUCAUAUGAAGACGAUGUGCAUUGAGUUGGUCGCUAACCGUUUCUUGCGGAGGAUGGUUCGUGUUCUUGUGGCAACAGCGAUUAGGGAAGCAGCUGCUGGAGCCGAUGAUGAUGCCUUGCUGAGGCUGAUAGAUGCCACCUGCAGGCGUGCCACUGCUCCACCUGCUCCGCCCGAUGGUCUUUGCAUGGUCGAUGUAGGUUAUACAGAUUACGAUAGAAGAAACUGCUUAAUUCCUUAAAGCAACCAGGCUGACUAAUUGUCAGUUUACAAGCAUUUGCCUUUCUCAAAGGAAAUUGUGAAUUGAGAUGCCUGCCAACAAAUAGCAUCUCACUUUAGACAUUUGGAUUGGGACGAGGAGUGGCAAGGAGCCUGCCAACAAAUAGCGUACUUUUUCUUUCUCUAUUUUCCAGAAAUUUGGAGUUGCAAUGCCAGCAGUUUUAGCUUGGAACUUCCAGAUAGUUGCAUCAAGCCUCAACCAAUACAGAGACCAUCAUUGAUUUUACUUUGCACAUUCUGUGGAGUUCCUGUCCUUUAUUCUUUUGUACUGAUAUCUUUAUAGGUUGGACUGACCUCCACUUCGGUGAAUUUAAGAGCUAUAAUUCGAUUUCAUUUCAAGGGUUGCUUCAUAGUGCAAAUUACUGGCAAUUUUUUUUUGAGGGAGCUUCCGGAUUGUAAUUUUCCAAAUUUGUCCUACAUGAUAUAUAGAAUGGAGCUUUCUUUUCAUGGAGGUAAAAGAGAUGAGGAACUCAGAUCUUAUUGGAUACUAA